UCCUGCCAGGCUAACACGAGCGACCAAGGCCAGGGAGUCCUCCAGCCCCAGCAUCCCCUCGGCUCCGUGGCUCUCGGACCGGCCCAGGGAGAGACACUUUCAGCCCUCACCCCAUCUGCCUUGGAGAGACAAGACUGCCCUUCCACACCCCCGAGUGAGGGGCCCAGGCUGCCCGGGACCCCGCCAGACUGAGGGUCUCUGUUGAGGAGAAAGGGACCUGGCAACCAUCACGUCUUCCUGAGUCUCCAUCUCUGUCCACUGCAACCUGCAAACCCCAUCCCUCCGUAUUUAUGCCCCUGACCCCUGGCCAGCUUUCCAUCUCUGCCUCUGAGAUUCAAGCCUCCCUCCCUCCCUGAUAUGGAGAGUAACCUCUCUGGCCUGGUGCCUGCUGCGGGGCUGGUGCCUGCGCUGCCACCCACCGUGACCCUGGGGCUGACUGCAGCCUAUACCACCCUGUAUGCCCUGCUUUUCUUUUCUGUCUAUGCCCAGCUCUGGCUGGUGCUUCUAUAUGGGCACAAGCGUCUCAGCUAUCAGACGGUGUUUCUGGCACUCUGUCUGCUCUGGGCCGCCUUGCGUACCACUCUCUUCUCCUUCUACUUCCGAGAUACUCCCCGAGCCAAUCGCCUGGGGCCUUUGCCCUUUUGGCUUCUCUACUGCUGCCCUGUCUGCCUGCAGUUCUUCACACUGACGCUUAUGAACCUCUACUUUGCCCAGGUGGUGUUCAAGGCCAAGGCGAAGCGUCGGCCAGAGAUGAGCCGAGGCUUGCUGGCUGUCCGAGGGGCCUUCGUGGGGGCCUCCUUGCUCUUUCUGCUGGUGAAUGUGCUGUGUGCUGUGCUGUCCCGCCGGCGGCGGGCACAGCCCUGGGCCCUGCUGCUGGUGCGAGUUCUGGUGAGCGACUCCCUCUUCGUCAUCUGCGCCCUAUCCCUUGCUGCCUGCCUCUGCCUCGUCGCCCGACGGGCCCCUUCCACUAGCAUCUACCUGGAGGCUAAGGGGACCAGUGUGUGCCAGGCAGCUGCCAUGGGAGGUGCCAUGGUACUGCUGUAUGCUAGCCGGGCCUGCUACAACCUGGCAGCCCUGGCCUUGGCACCCCGGAGUCGGCUGGAUGCCUUUGAUUACGAUUGGUACAACGUCUCCGAUCAGGCGGACCUGGUGAAUGACCUGGGGAACAAAGGCUAUCUGGUGUUUGGCCUCAUCCUCUUUGUCUGGGAGCUUCUGCCCACCACUCUGCUGGUGGGCUUCUUCCGGGUGCACCGGCCCCCGCAGGACCUGAGCACCAGCCGCAUCCUCAACGGGCAGGUCUUUGGCUCCCGCUCCUACUUCUUUGAUCGGGCAGGCCAUUGUGAGGAUGAGGCCUGCUCUUGGGAACACAGCCGGAGUGAGAGCACCAGCAUGUCUGGAAGCCUGGGCUCUGGCAGCUGGUAUGGUGCCAUCGGGCGUGAGCCAGGCUGGUGCGGAGGCAGCCAGACCAGGACAACGCCACUGCUCUUCUCCCAGGUGCCAGGACCAGGAGGUCACCACCACAGCCUCUACUCCACCCCACAGACGUGACCCCCUCCCACUUGCCCCAGAUUUGUGGCCCCCUUACCCCAGGCCCCGUACGAAGUUCGUCCGCCGCUUCUUGCCCAGGAUCCCGGGGGCCGUAGCUGCCCCCCCUCUGGCCAGCUCCUCGCUGCUCCUCUCAUAGUGAGCUUGUGCUCUCCCCCUAGGUUGGGGGGCACAGCCCUGGCUGCCAGAUGCCCACAGCGCCCUGGCAUGACCUGCCACCUCCGCUUCCACACUGGAGCCAGCUACCUCUCCUGUGCCUGCCACUCAAUAAA